UAUCAAUCGUGGUAGUGAUUCAGUUCAGCCGCAACACAUUCUUUUUAAAAACCUGUCGCUCCUUUCAAGCCAGAUUCAAGUCGCUCAUUUCUCGACCUUCCCUCGCUCAUUCGUUUUAUAAAUCACGGUUGUCGUGUAACGUCGACCGAUAAUAAAGAAGAAGAAAAAAAAGAACAAAGAAAAAAAAGGAAAAGAAGAAAGGAAGAAACAAGAUGCGUUUCUCAAUCACCGCCUUUCUCGCCCUUGCAUCCGCCGUUGUGGCCCAGGACCCCACCGAGGGCUUCGAUCCCAUCACGAAGCCCGCCGAGGGCGAGAAGGUCCCCGCUGGAUCAACGUACGACAUCGUGUGGCUGCCCAGUGAAGCCUACCCUGGCGACAUCAAGAUUGCCCUGCUCGGUGGAGCCUCGCCCCAGACUCUGACCGUGGUUGAUACCAUUGCUGAGGGUGUCGAUGCCUCGACUGGCACCUACAGCUGGAGCGUGCCUUCCACGCUGGGCGACCUGGCCACCUACGGCAUCAUCGUCACCCUCGAGUCCGACCCCAGCAUCUUCCAGUACGGCUUCCCCUUCAAGAUUGUCAGUGGCGACGACAGCAACGGGGGCAGCAGCAGCAACAGCUCUGCCACGGUCAUCAGCACCAGCACCACCGCUAGCAGCAGCAGCGCCACCAGCUCGAGCACCGGCCAUGCCAGCACUGCUACUUCGACCACGUCUGAUGCCGAGGCCACGAGCUCGACCACCCAGUCCAAGACCAAGACCCACAGCUCAACCGUGACGAGCACCAGCCUCACGGUCCCCUCGUCCACCUUGGUCUCCUCCACCAUCCGUACCAACACCUCGUUCACGACUUCUGCUCCUCCCCUGACCACCAUUACCAGCAGCGUCAUCGUCGCGAACCCCACCUCGACCACGAGCUCGACCAGCACCAUUGCCACCAACGGCGUUCCCUCGCUCGCCGCUGGCUCCUUUGCCCUGUUUGGCGGUGUCGCCAUGGCCGUCCUUGCUCUUUAAGCAUCGGCCGUGUCUUCUUAUUUUUUUUCCCCCGUGCUUCGUUUUUUGGCUGGCUGGUUAGCUGGUCUUUGAUGGUUGGAUGAAGAGGUGUUCUUCCCCGCGGAAUGGAGCAUCUGCACGGUUGUUAUUUCUAAUGGCAUCAUGAAGGGAGGAGCUUGUACCACAGUGUGUUCCUAUCUCUGUAGCGCUUCUGAGAGCUCGACAUACAAGAGCGAAAUCCUGUGUUUGGCUCUAGCCGUGACGUUGCUGAAUGAGAUACCCCUGUUGAUCUGCCAUGG